AUGAAGCUGGAUCCAAAUGCUGAUGGGACUUUCAAUGGGUAUUCAAUAUACUAUAAAGAAGAGAAGGGACUCCAUACCCUGCCACAUUGCGUCGGAGAAAAUUACGUUGACGGGAUUUCAUGGAUGUAUCGCUCCUGCAAGUUCAACCUGUUCUGCUUCGAUACUACCACAAAAGACUAUGUUGUCUUUCAGUCUCCUGAAGAAGAAGCACUGUACUCGCAUCUCGAAAAGCGACCGUUCAUUGAUGUUUCACAAUCUUACUUGAAGCAAUCUUUGAACCAUUCAAACACAGUGUCAUUAGGAGGUAUCAAUUUGAAAUGGGGAAAUAGAAAAAGUGGAUAUCCACGAUUGGAAUGGUUUCCAGAAAUACGGACAAUUGAUGCGGGUGUCUCUACUGCGUACUACGAAUUGCCUCCAAAUGUUACUCUCAUUCCGUUUCAUUCAAUGAAUGGAGCAAAUCCAGGUCACCUUGUUUGGGACGACUUUCUACCAAUUUAUACGCUUCUCACUAUGUUCCAACUGGAAACCAAGAGUGAGCUCCUAAUGAUGCGAUAUGUAUUGAAGGGCGAGGAAAGAGGAUUGUGGGCAAGUUGUGAUUGGAAAGAUGAAAAGCGCGAAGAUUGUGCCCACAUGCACAAGAAGUUUUUGCCCCUAAUGAUGGGAGCUAAUCCGAUACAUGAGCUGAGCACCACUGAAACGUUUAGCUUCCUCCCCAAAGAAGCUGGAAAAUCAAAUUUAAUCUGUGCACGACAUGGCUUGGCAGGCAUUGGUGCACUGACUGAUCAUGGAGUCACCAAGCUUCAUGGAUGGGAAAUGGACGACUAUGCGACAACACACAACCAUGGAAGGGGUGGAAUGCUGUAUGAUUUCCGGAAUUAUAUGGUGAGCAAUAUGGGUCUGCCGAUUGAGUACAAUCACAAGCCACCUUUCCGAGUUAUAUUUUCCGCCAUGUCAUCAAAUAUUCCAUCACGACAGAUUGAUUUCACCAAACAAAUUGAUUUACUGCAAAAGAGUUUCAAUCCGCAAUAUGUAUCGGUAGAGUCAUACGUUCUAAAAGACUUGUCAUUGGAAGAACAAGUUGCAGUUGCCGGCAAAGCGUCGAUAUUCAUUUCUGGCUGUGGUGGAGGUGCAGUCACUGCCACUUUUCUUCCCAAGGGAGCAAGCGUAAUAUUAUACUAUCUUGAGGAUGGUGGGCUGAAGGAUGGCAAGGAUUCUGGGACACCUGCGCGACUUGAUUGGGAUUUAUUCAAUAAUUUGGGCUAUCUGAAGGUGCACUGGCUUCCGGUCAGAACUAUGGAGAAUAAGCAGGAUAUACGAGCCCUUACGGUACUGAUUCAACACGAGCUUGAUGCAUUGCUGAGAGAACAUAGUUACGAUAGUUUCUUUUCAUAG